UGAACCCGCAGAGGAACUAUUCAUUAUCCAGCGAAGGUUGCCUUACUAGUAACAUCUUUAAUUAACCCGCAUGUCAUUUUCAAUGGACCUAUUCAUAUAGUAUAAACAAAAUGGAUUAGAAUCUCGUAUGAGUUAAUUUCUAUUAUUUUAUGGAUAUUACAAGAGUCUGCCGUCAUGUGGAAGUGCCAUAAAUGUGGGAAACCAGUAUAUUUCGCUGAACGCAAGCAAUCAUUGGGAUAUGACUGGCAUCCAGAAUGUUUAAGAUGCGAAGAAUGUGGGAAACGCUUAAAUCCAGGCCAGCAUGCAGAGCAUAAGGGUGUACCAUAUUGUCACGUACCAUGUUACGGAGCUCUUUUUGGGCCACAAUUAUUUGGCCAUGGAACGAGAGUUGAAUCACAUACAAGUUUUGGGAAAAAAGAAGCUCGGCCAUCAUUACCUAGAUCACACUUGGAAUCAAAGUUGAAGGUUUUCAACCAGUAUUAUGAAGGCAAAAGUGGUGGAAUAAGAAGCCGUGAGGUUAAUGGAAGAUUGAUAUUGGAAGGCGCACUUCGUAUUUAUUGGGGUGUCAGAGGAGUGAUUCAUUUGAAAGAAGAUGAUGAUCAACGCACAGUAGUUACAGCUCGUAAUAGAAAUUCAUGUAGACGUAGUGUUUCUGAUAGUAUAGAAGAUGAAGAAAAAGAGGAAGAUUGUGUAAAAGAAACUUGUGAACAAGAUGCGGAAACUGAAACAAAGUCUGUACCGACCUCACCUGAUCAUCUUAAGAGCCUCACUUUACCAAUGAAACUAGACGUUAAGAACAUGGAGUGGGAUGAAAUAGAUGAGCUUCUUCAGGUUGAACGUAAAAUCGAAGAUGGAAAGAAAUUAUACCAAACGAUGCCCGAAAAUCUACCUUCGAUUAGUUCGCAAACCACUUCCGACCCACUGCCUCUUUCCUCUCAAUCCAGUUUUGAUAGAUCUGAUUCUCGCGAAAAUUCAGAAGCUGAUAGUCCGAAUCAUCAAAGCAACCGUGGUAACGAUAGUAGCGUAACUAGUACACCAACGCACAGUAUAGGUAGUUCUUCCAGUACCGAUACGCCUAUUUACCAUGGCACACCAAAUCGAAAUGGAACGCUUCGAAGGGUAGAAUACUUCGAUAACUUGGAGAAAAAUAUGUCCGGUAAUAGAUCUAUUAGCACUGAUGACAGUUGGAUAGAAAAAGGCUUAAAUCGAUCGAUGUCCGGACCUGAUUGCCUCCAAAGACAUCGAACUGAUAGCGAUACAGAUUCUGUAAAUUCUCUACAAUUUAGAGAAGAUGAUAACAUGACAAUGUCGACCGACAGCGGACUAGAGCUGGAUGGCGUAGUUUUACGACGAAAACAAGGGUCCACCGCAAUUAGACGUCGUCCGGGUGGUCGACGACAAUCACGUAGUCGACUGCGGCGUCGUUGUUCAAUUAACGGACAUUUUUAUAAUCGUGAAACCAGUUUUUUUACACCUCCGCAUGGAUCUCAAAUGUCCGUUUGGAUUACAAGUUUAGUAAAUACUCAGGAAGUUAUCAACCUUAUGUUAGACAAAUAUAAAGUUGAUGCUAAACCAGAUAAUUUUGCGUUGUUCGUCGUCCGCGAUAAUGGCGAGCAAAGAAGAUUAAGAGACGACGAAUAUCCGCUGGAGGUUCGCGUAGUAUUAGGUCCGCACGAAAAUGUCGCGCGACUUUUUUUAGUAGACAAAUUGUCGACUCCGGAAAUUAGCUCUGACGUUGCGCAAUUUCUUAAUCUCUCUUUGGUAGAAUGUCACGGUAUAUUGCAGCGUUAUUAUUACGAAGAGGAGCGUCAGAUUCUUCUCUUAAAAGAAAAAUAUAAGGAGAUGCGGCGAAGAAUACGGCAAAGAAUGGAAGAGCUAAAGGUUCGACUAUAGUUAGUACGUAUUCAUAAUAAACAUUUAAAUAUCCAUAUUAUUUUUCUAUUAAUUUUCACUCGAAGAUAUAUAUACAUAUAUAUAAUUCCUUCUUUUUUUUAUGUAAAUUAUUUGUCGUAAAAUGUGUUAUCGUAAUUGUCCUCAAACAUUCAAACGUAUUAGAACCACUUACUGUCGUCAUUUCUUUUAACUCUCUAUAUUUAUUUAUAACUUCAAAAAAUUACUUCUGGGAAAGUUCGAUUUUCUGCUUUGAACAUUUUUAUAUGCGAGAAAAAGUAAAAGUUUCGGAGAAGAAAAUCGAAAUAUAUCAAUCAAAGUAUUUUGUUGAAAUAUGCAAUAAAAAUUAAUUUAUAUAAUGAUAAAAAAGUUAAGCUUUUGAUCUUUGAUUUAAUAUUAUAUUUGUCUUUUAAUUAAUUAAAGAAGUUGUUUAUAGAAGAUUAAACUUUUAUAUGAAUUUGUUUUUUGAUACUGUUGUCAAUAAAUGUCGCGAGUUAUAAAAUAGCACCAUGACCAUGGAAGCAAAUCUUGCACGAUUUAUUGCGGAAUGACUCACUAUCGGAAAAGUGAUUUACGUUUGAAUGUGUCGAGCGAUAACGUACUAACAUUUUCUAGAUUAACGUCUUAUGGUUACAUUAUUCAAUUGUACUCAUUAUUUCUGCAUAUUCGUUGCAUUUAUCUGUAGUCAUUAAUGCGCAGCUAGUAUUGAGACAUUCAGUGCAAUUUAACUAGAAAUUCAUGUAUCAAAUUAAGUGAUAUAUACAUGUAUUGUUUAAGUCUCGACUGUGCAUCAAACGAUAAUUACGCAGUCACGCGAACCACUCUUUAACACGAUAUCUUUUAAAUUGUUCGCUAUAAGCUAAUUGUUGUAUGUAUAGCGUUUCAUUUGAUUUUUUAACAUUAAAAAUGAACACUGUCAUAAUUUAUUAAGGGCGAUCAAGUAUUGUAUCUGUGUAAUAGAUGACACCGAUGUCAAGUCAAUGAUUGAUACAAGAGAUGAACAUUUUAUGAAAGGGAAAGAGAAAAGAUAUUGUUCGCAGUUUAGAUUGUACGAUUGUUAGAAUCUCAUGCAAGGCUGUCCAACUUCUUACCUCGUGAAGUUUUUCUAAAUUUUCUGUUCACGUAGGUGCCAAAAGAAAAACAGAAAUAAUGAAGAUAAAAAGAAAGAGGAAAAUGAAAGAAAUUAUUAUAUAUUAAACAAUAAAUGGAAAUAGAAUUUUAACGAAGGAAUUGUUGAAUGUAAAAUGGAAAUGUUAGAGAAAGCAGAAUGUUUUAAAAGCUAUAUGUAGAUGUAUAUAUCGUCUAGAUGAAAAUUACUAUAAAUGAUUGUACCUUGAACUGCAGUUUUAGUUGGACAGCUCCAAAAGCCAUAGAUAAUUGUUAUUAACCAAUAGCAAUUUUCGACACGUAUCACUGCCGUAAUUGCUAGAUCAUGAAUAAAUAUUUUAUCUGUAGAAUAUAGUAUGAAAUAUUGAAGAAAGGAUUGCAUUGAAGGUAAUUUGGCAUUUAGAAUUUGUUCAAGACGUAUUUGAAUCGAUACAAUCAAAUUAUGAGUAGUUUCAUUUCAAUGGUAUUUCAGGGAACCAAGUUCUUAUAGUUAGUAAUUUCGUAACAUUGAUGUGGAUGAUGACUAUAGUCAAAAUUUAAGAAUUUUAAUUCGACAGAUUUUGAAAAAUCCUUUCUGCACAGUAGAAAAAAAUCGUAGUGUGAUUACAUUUUAGAUUUAAAUUACAUUGGUAGUUACAUUUACUUCCGCGAGAUCGUUAGUUCUAGCUUUGAGGAAUAAUUAGAUUUCCUAGUUUGUUAAAGCAUUUUCAAUACAACAGUGUAAUAUGUGAAAUGUGCUUUAGUCGAAAUAAAAGAAAAAAAUCUGUUUGUUUUCAUAAUAUAAAAAUUAUAUUUUUAUCGUGGAUUCUUUUUUACAUUGGAAAAUAUUUCGUCGAGAUAGAGGGAACUUCAAAUUCUAUUGUGAUGGGUAUUAUGAGGUUCCAAAUUUUAUUAUACUAUAAUAUACUAUACUAGUAUACCAUAUAUAUAGUAUACUAUGUAUUAUAUUAUAGUUUAAAAAGUUUCGAAGCAAAUAUUUUACAUGUCUCUUAUCCACAUUGAAAAUCCCAAUUAAGGUGCAAAAAUCAUUUGUUAGAAUUGAUUACUAAUUCGAUUGCCUUUAUAUCGGGAAAAGAUAAAAAAAAAAAAUAGAUUUUGAUCUACAUAUUACGAAAGCAGAUAUUAGAAAUGCAUAUCACAUACUACACCUGCUAACGUUAGGAUUUCACGUUAAAUUUUAAAUUUACAUAAAUUGAUUGAAUAAAUCCAUAUUUAAAUAAUUCUUCUCAUUGAAAGCAUCAAGUUAAACAUUUUACAAGAGAUAACACUUAAAAUACUUUAACUUUGUUAAAUAAUUUUGGUGCGGAAGGAUCUUCCAAAAUUUUUGUUAUAUAAAAAUUUUCGCGAAUUUCUAAAAAUCGUGCACAUUGCAAUGAAACCAUGACAUUUAGUUAGCAUUUUUCAGCAUUCCGAUUUCUACUCAAGAAAAUAUCAUACUGAUCGUAUUUUUUGACGAAUUUUUAGAGAUCCCUUUCCAACGGAUGCUUCGAAACGAGUGAAAUAUAUAGUUGCUAAAUGAAAAUAAAAACAAUUAUCAGUUCCUAACAACAGAAGAAAUUCUCAUAAAAAUGAUACAUUAUUAACAAUUCUAACGAAACAUUGAAUUAAACAAAGAGCACGUACCAAGUAACUUUUAAGUAAAUUAAAAAAUAAUGUGAGCAGAAUGCCCUUUGUAACAGAGAGAAAUAACGAAAAAGUUUCAUUUAGCAAUUAUUUUGUGUGACGUUUACUUUGAAGCAUUCUGUAUAUCUAUGUAUUUCUAGCAGUUGUUAUGUAUUUGAAAGAUUUCUAACUUCUGUGUGUAGACGUGGUCCAGAGAACUGGAGGUAUUUGCGCACAGUUACGAUUGUACAAUCACAUGCUUAAUAUUGCACAGUAUAGCUGGUUUCCAGUGAAAGAAAAGUGUACAGUGAAGAAUAUACAUACAAUGGUAUAAAUGUUCGCCGUUGUUUAUGACAAUAGAUAUCGAUCAUAUAAUCAUAAUUUUAAGCUAGUCACACUUCAUAAAUAGUCAUACAUAUUAUACAUAAUGUAUGUUACGAAUGCGUUAGCAAUUCGAGUGUUUAGACAGAUAAAUGUCAUUAUCGUGAACGAGAAUUCUUGAAGUUAUCCAAUUUGUUAACGAUGUCUGUUUCAUUAUAGGGAAAAAACGAAGGAUAAAAUAUUGGGUGAACUGUAUUAAUUUGUCAGUUAAUUAAAGAAAAUUUAAUUAUUUCCAUAAACUGAGGUGUGAUUUAUAUUUAUAGUUUUAUCGUUGUAUUUAAUUUUUUCAUAUAAUAUUUAGGUGGAAAUAUUUGUUUAUGCAAGUUUUAAUAUUUUAAACGACGAUUAAAAAUAUCAUCAUUUUUGUGUUUUAUAGACAAUCGAUUCUUUCCUUCUAAUGGAGAAAUACUCGCAUAAAUAUUACUUUAAUUACUUCAUAAGCUCUUCUUAUUCCAGUAGAAUAUCCAAUAGCAGGUCCAUGGUAGGUCCAAUAGCAGUGGAAACAAUCUAGCAUUAUCAAAUUAUGCAGUUUACCUUGUCUUUCAUUUCCGUCCAUUGGUUGUUUGUCGAUCAAACAUUGUAUACUACUGUCACCUUGGUGUUUUUAAAACUAUGCAAGUCCACGAAACGUUUGUUCAUUGAUACCAAAAACGUCACUGUGUAGGAUAUCCAUGAUAAGGAAAAGAUGAAAAGUACAAGUAGAAAGACAAAAAUUGAAUCACCUUCAACUUUUAUAUUUCACUAAACAUCCGAUCUAUAUUUUGUUAAACAUUGAAUAUUAUCUCCUUUGAAAGUGAGACAGAGUUACGAUUCAUUUACCUGCUAAUUCUUCUCCCAAGAAAAGCAGAUGGGAAUAGGUAAAGAAGCAAAUUUUCUGGUAGAACACGUAGUGUCUGACCAUAAGAACGCUGAAACUACUUGCUCCGCUGUCAGACUAAUAUCUUAAGUGCUAGAUACACACUUGUAUUCGUUUAGGAGGUGUUUCAAUAUUAUUUCAUGGAUAGAAACAUAUCAUCGCAUUAAAAAAGCAGAAUAAAAUGUAAAAAUACUGAUACUCAUAUGGUGAUAAUAGUUUUAUUAAUAAUAUUUUUUCGCUCGGUUAGCGUACCUGAGUGUACUGAGGGUCUCGCCGUAAUUACAAUUGGCUGCAUUAAUAGUAGAUUAAUAUCGUAAUCGUGUUCGAGUUACCUCCAAGCGAGUCCUUUAACAACCACGUCAGUACACUAUCUCGAUAAGGUAUGAAGACAUUACGCUUAGAAGAGGAAGACGCGUCGCCUGUGGAACUAACUUCCGAGAGCGCCGAUAUCACAGAACCUAAUGUUAUCAGUGACUUAUUGAUAUGCGCACCUUCUUUUAGUCGUUGGCCUGUCGCACCCGUUGCAUUUGCAUGUUUGCUUUCAGCCAAGUCGGCAAGAUGAAUCUUCGAAACGGUCUCCGACGGCGUAUUGCCUUCGGAUAGUUGCACGUACGUGAUCAUAAAAAUCGCGCGAUUCUUGUUGUUCACAUCGUUCAUAUUUGUGCUCGCCGUAGUUCUGUGCGUAUUACCUCUUACCAUGCAUUCUUGAAUGUCUGAAUAAUCGCACAUGAGGUGGCUCGGCAGGUUUCGGACAUAAGGCUAUAUUUUAGGAUAUUCCCGCAUUCGGAGAGAUUGAAACUGUGACUGGCCCAGUCUCAUUAGAUCCCUUGCUCUUUCAUUGUGUAUUUCCAGGAAUGAUACUUCAGUUCUAUACGACGCUCCGCUCUCUUUACCAGCUGCCAUUCUGCCAAACAGCGUCUUACGAAUCCGUGGUAUCAAUCCUUGAGCUUCCGGUGUGCCCAUCAUGGUAAAGAUCUUUCCAGACUCUGUUUGGUCGUAAGCAAAGAAGCAAGCAUUGUAGCCCUCGAAGGCACUUCAUUACGUCCGUACGAAGAUCAUAGAAAACCUCUUCCUAGGAUGCAUAGUUGUCAUCGUUCGUGUCGCAGGACCAAUAAGAGCGAUCAAACGUGAAGUCUUUGUAUUUGUCUCUGUCGAUUUCUCUGCAACUACCCGGUGUCUUAGUGUUGAAAAUCCGUGUUUUUCUGCCAUCCAUUUGUACAAUCAUUUUUGCAUUCAUCGCCAACUCCUUUUUGUUAAAGGGAUGAACUGUCACGGUUAUCUUCACUGAAGCCAUAACUAUAAGGAACGCAUAGAUUUUGUCAAGAGAUGUUGGUGUAGCGCGGUAUAUUUCGUCACUUUCAUGUUUCCUCAACUCGCGUUACGCGAACAUGAAGUAUUUUACGGUGCUGCGUAGACAAGACACCGUCGACGGGUGCCGCCGUAUUACCAAACAUCGUCGUCGUCGUCGAUUCUCGCACGCAAUGAAUAACAUCAUCCUCAACACGAUCUCCAUAGGCGGACGAGUCGAUAAUAGUUUUAUCCAUAGGAAAAUAGUGCAAUUCUUACUAAUCCUCUACAAAUCCUCUUAUGUCUGGAAGUUAGAGCGAAUUAAUUAAGCUUUCCUUCGUCUUGCAUAGUUUCAGAAACAUUAAAAUUUGGUAAUUUGAAGAUAAUAGUAACUACUAAUUAACUGUAUAUAGAACAAACAAAAACAUAGUAAUUUGCGUGAAAUAAAAUGCUUUUACAUUAAUAAUCUCCUAACGUUCGAAAUUAAUGUAAAUGGAUUUUUUACAUGACCGAACAUGAUUUGUACAGUUUCCGAAUUCAUCUCUCUAUAACCUCUCUGUCUAAAACACGUUGUUCUGUGAACAUUUGACAUGACACUCGAAUUGCAUCGCGGUAUCGGUUUUUGUCAAAUCUUGAAAUAGAUUUUAGCCAGAAUAAAGAGAAAGUAAACAAAAAAAUACAAAAUAUAAAAAAAAGCGCGAAAAAAAAAAAAAGAAAACGAAAAUCAACAUGGACUGGGUGAUACGAGACUGUUCGCAACGAGGCAGUACAUGCUUUGAUUUUUAUUGUUUUACAAUGACAAGUGGAAAAGAAGAAAAACGUAUUCGAAGUGCAGCAAUAGCGUAACAAUAAUGAAUCUCGAAUUUUUUCAUCUGAGAACUAUAACGAUGGAUUUCAAUCGAUUGUAAGGCAGCUUCUGCUAGGUAUUAUAUUAAAAUGAAGUCGUAAUAGAGAUAUUAUGUAAGAGCGUGUCAUGAUCGGUAUCGCACCUGUCUCUUGGUUUUCCAUUCUCGAAUGAUAUUUCAUAAAUGUUACGCGAAAUUCUAUACGCGAAUGCGUGAGAUGCGUUUUGACGAAUGUAAAAUGAGAAAGAAACUGGCGAGAUAGAAAAGUGGGAACAAGCGAAAGGAUAAAGAGCGCGUGUACAAUAAAAGCGAUGGCGUUUGUUCAGAGACUAAAUAGAUUUAAAAUACUCCGUACCAUGACAUAUUGAAGUGAAUAUCGAAAGAGCACAGUCCAAAAUGCGAAGUGCAUUAAAUGUGAAAUUGUAAAAUACAUAGAAUGUAUCUGAAAUUUGUAAGAAAUCGUUGAGAAAGUAAUAAAGCGAUUGCUUCUUUUGCA